CCGUCAACAACUGGAUCCCAGCGAUUUGUAAUUCCAUCGCUAGCUGCUCGCGGCGACUCUCGCUGCGCCCGCGACACUAACAACGACCCGGGGUUGGACAUGUUCUCGUUUUCGCUCGCCUAAAAACACGCGCCGUCGACAGCUGGCGCCGAUGUGCGGCCGGCGGCGGCGACAGGAGCCACGGAGAGCGGAGAGAGAGGACAGAGCCCGUCCUUCGGCCGCCUCCGAGAGCAGCUAACGCGGCUAACGCUCUGGAGAUAACGCUAGCUAGCUGGCUGGCUGACAGCUGGCCCCCGGCUGGCUCCGUGCGCCUCAACCGUAACGUGGAUUUUACUCGCCGGAACAAUGACUCGUCUCUGACAUUGAGAGGACCGAGGCCCAGUCGGUUGUCACUGGUGUAACCAGAACCCACAAGUAGCGAGGAGGGUCUCCGUCGACUCGAAGAGAAGUGGCUGAUCACAACCAACCAACUCGCCGAUGAUCUCAGAUUUGACCCCGCCAGAGCUGCCAAUAUGAUGCCGAUGAUAUUGACGGUGUACCUCAGCGACGAGGAGCAGGCCGUGACCGAGGUACCCAUCACCCCUGAGACGACCUGCCGCGAUGUUGUUGAGUUCUGCAAAGAGCCUGGCGAGAGUGGCUGCCACCUGGCUGAGGUCUGGAGAGGCAACGAGCGCGCGAUCCCCUUCGAACACAUGAUGUACGAACAUUUGCAGAAAUGGGGGCCUCGGAAACAAGAGGUCAAGUUCUUCCUCCGGCACGAAGAUUCCCCGACCGAGAGCAGCGAUCAAGGGAGUCAGCAGUCUCAGGAUCAGACAAGUCGCAGAAGUGGAACCACCGGAGAGAAGCACAAUGAGAACGGGGUGGGGAAUCAGCGUGUUGAGCUCACGCUGUCAGAGCUGCAGGAGAUGGCCACACGGCAGCAGCAGCAGAUCGAGGCUCAGCAACAGAUGCUCGUCGCAAAGGAGCAACGCUUGCGUUACCUGAAGCAGCAGGAGCGGCGUCAGCAGCAAACCGUCUCAGAGGGCGAGAAGCUGCAGAGGCUAAAAGAACGCGUAGAGAGUCAGGAGGCAAAGCUCAAGAAGAUCCGGGCAAUGAGAGGCCAGGUGGACUACAGCAAGGUCAUCAAUGGCAACUUGUCUGUAGAGAUUGAGCAAGUGAGCAGCCUGUUCCAAGAGAAGCAGGCAGAGUUGCAGUCGGCCGUGCUGAGGGUGGAGCAGCUCAGCCUGCAGCUAGAGGACCUGCGGAGAGGGAAGCUCAACGGCAUUCACACCGCCCUGGGUGGCCAAGUGACCGGCACUGCAGCUCUGGAGCUUCGUAAACUCUACCAAGAGCUCCAGAUUCGGAACAAGUUGAACCAGGAGCAAAACAGCAAGCUGCAGCAGCAGAAGGAUCUUCUGAACAAACGCAACAUGGAAGUGACGCUCAUGGACAAGCGCAUAAGCGAGCUGCGGGAACGCCUCUACAAGAAAAAAGCUGAGGCACGUCAAAAAGAGAACCUCCCUCUGAACAGAGCCAACGGGCCUCCUUCUCCCCAGCCGGCUCCUGGGACUCUGGGUCGCGUGGCUGCUGUUGGGCCGUACAUCCAAGUCCCUGUACCGGGCCGACAGGACGGAGGCUACACCAUGCCCCCAGACCCACUAAAGCCUCAGACCCUGGGUGUCAAUAAUCAAGCCAACCACGGCCGAACCAAGUCAGCGAACGAUACUGGUUGGUCGACUGUUGGCAAGACAAACUCAACUCUGAAGCCUCCUGAGAGAAGGGACUCGGGGAGUGACACCCAGGGAAAAAGCCCCCCCUCAGGUUCCCCCGUCACUCCAAGUGGAGAAAAGGUGCUAGAAUCCAAAAUGGCCGUCUCUUCCCCUGCCAUACCCAAGCCACAGCCACCUCCCUACGGCUCCCACCACAUCUCCGCGACCUCAGCCAGCUCCCUGGAGCGCCGCCGGGACGCGCCACCUCCUCUUCGCCCGCUCCCAAACCCGCCGGCUCCCGCUUGGCCCCGCACGCCGCCCUCCACAGGCUCGUCCUCCCAACAGAUCCAGCAGCGUAUCUCGGUGCCACCAAGCCCCACCUUACAGCCCAACGUGCCGCUCUUCCCCCCCGGGCUGAGCGAGCGGCUCGAUCCGCCGCCAGCCGUGGCAGUGCGCCCCUUCAUCCCGGACAGAGGCUCGCGGCCUCAGUCGCCCCGUAAAGGUCCUCCCACCAUGCACUCCAGCUCCAUCUACCACAUGUACCUCCAGCAGGCAGCGCCAAAGAGCCAGCCCCUCAAGCCUGCUCUCAAAGCAGUAUACGGGAAGCCCGUUCUCUCCUCCAGCUCGAUGCCCCCCUCGCCCCUGCCUUUUGUCCAGGCAGGAGGGGCCUUUCCGUUGCUCCAUGGCCCGCUGGUUGGCGACGAUGCUCUGGACGGAGAGAUCGAUGAUCACGACGGCUUCCCGCACCUGGAGCCCUCGGCGCCUCCUCCAAGCGUGGAGAACAUCCCACGGCCGCUCAGCCCCACGAAGCUGACGCCCAUGGUACACUCUCCGCUGCGCUACCAAAGUGACGCCGACCUCGAGGUGCUCCGCAAAAAGCUGGCGAACGCUCCGAGGCCCCUCAAGAAGCGCAGCUCCAUCACGGAGCCCGAGGGCCCCAGCGGGCCCAACAUCCAGAAGCUGCUCUACCAGAGGUUCAACACUCUUGCGGGAGGCAUUGAGGGGAACGGAGUCGGCGGAUCAGGGGGAGGCAACGGCGCAGGCAACGGAACGCCUUUCUAUCAGCCAGCCAAUCCCCCCGGAUAUCCGGGAGGUGACUCUGUGGCCGAUACAGACAAUGGCAACCUCCCCUCUGGGAUGCCGCUACUGCCGCCGCCGGGGGCAGAGGAGCUGGGCUCUGAGGCCGCACCUCCAUCGACUGACGCCAACGACAACGAGCCACUGCCUUCGCCACUGGAAGAGCUGGACGAUCCCGAAGAGGCAGAGGGACCCGAAGACGACGACAACAACAACAACGUGGGAACCUCUGAGGCGUCGCUGCCCAGCCCCGUGCCGGAGGUCACCACGCCGGAGGAGAGCGGCACGGCGGUCUCACAGCCCCUGGAGAAACGCACAAACCUGAAGAAGCCAAACUCGGAGCGCACAGGUCACGGCUUCAGAGUGAAGUUCAACCCUCUCGCCCUCCUGCUGGAUGCCUCCCUGGAGGGAGAGUUUGACCUCGUCCAGAGAAUCAUCUACGAGGUGGAGAAUCCAAGCACUCCCAACGACGAGGGCAUCACACCGCUGCACAACUCGGUGUGCGCCGGACAUCACCACAUCGUCAAGUUCCUGCUGGACUUUGGCGUGAAUGUCAACGCCGCGGACAGCGACGGAUGGACUCCGCUGCACUGCGCCGCCUCCUGUAACAGCGUUCAUCUCUGCAAGUUGUUGGUGGAGUCGGGUGCCGCCAUCUUCGCCAGCACCAUCAGUGAUGUGGAGACCGCCGCGGAUAAGUGCGAGGAAAUGGAAGAGGGCUUCAUCCAGUGCUCCCAGUUUCUAUAUGGUGUUCAGGAGAAGUUGGGUGUGAUGAACAAGGGGACGGUUUACGCCCUGUGGGACCACGAAGCUCAGAACCAGGACGAGCUGUCAUUCGGCGAGGGGGACGCCAUCACCAUCCUGCGACGGCAGGACGACAUUGAGACGGAGUGGUGGUGGGCACGACUCGAAGACAGCGAGGGCUACGUGCCCCGCAACCUGCUGGGGCUCUAUCCCAGGAUCAAGCCUCGGCAGCGCUCCCUGGCAUAGCGUCUCACCCAGCUGACCUGUGGCGAACAGCCGGACCAGCGACAAACUAAGAGCAGAGAACAAAAGGAGCGCGGCGCGCCGCCUUCUCCCCCCAUGGCCAUAACCUCACCCCCCUCCACCCCUCAGCCUUGUGCUUCUUAACAAAUCCUUUUCUCCGAAGCGGCAGGGUACUGAACUCUUGACGCACACACAUUUCCAUCUGCACACACAAGCACUCCACACACACACACCUUCUCAUCCUGUCUGUCAUCAUCCCAACCUUGACUUGACCCCUGAUUCAGUGUCGGCUCUGUAUCAGACAUCAACUUGAAGAAUAAAACACAAACCCUCAUCUCAGUAUUUCUUACAGUAUUCACACAUGUUCAGAAAUCUUCAUCACCCUCCAUGACGUCUGUGGUGGCACCGUUCUGUGUGACGAUAGAUGGAAAAAUCAUCUUUAAUCAUCUUUUACUGGUGAAGGAGAAAUUGUUGAUUUUGUCAUCAGUGAAAUGUAAUUUGAGUUAUCAGACAUUGACAACGAUUUGAUCCCCCUGCGCGAAGACAAACACUGACAUUGAUUUUACUGUCGUCUAACAACCAAAGAUAAAUAUAUAGAUUUAAAUAUUUUAUUUCAAUUCCUUCCUUCUAAGAUUGUACGGAAUUGCUGCGGUGUGAGAUAAUCAACCGACGAUUCUCGGAUCCCUGGAGCUGAUUUGAAGUUACUGUUGAGUUACUCACGGAGUAGAAAAAAUGAUUUUGUUGUUGGAAAACAUAGUAAAUCGUCAGUGUUAACUGCAAUGACCAAAACAAAUCCAGCACGUUGAAGGGAAGACGGACAUCGAUUUAUGGCCCACAAACUGUCAUUCAUCGCAUUUCACCAAUUUCACAACAAGACUUGUUUGUUUGUUUCCUCCAUGUCUUCUGUUCAGCUCAACAUACUUUGGCAAAUGGCAUGAAUAAAUUUUAAAUGAGG